CUUCUUUGUUACAAGUUACAAGACUUGAGCAACAACAAUGGUGAAUUUGUUGUCUACAAAUCGAGAAGCUUUGAUUGCACAAAGCAUCUGUGCAACUGUAUUGAAAGGAAACUGGAAAAAUAUUAUGAAACACAAAGUUGAUUCUGGGUUAUUGAAAUCAUCGAUAAUCACUCAGGUAAUCUCCGAGCUUUCUCUGUAUUCUGGUUAUGGUGGACCUUCUCUUUCAUGGAGUUUCUUUACCUGGACUGAUUCGUUACCUAGUUGCAAGCAUAGUUUACAAUCAUCUUGGAAAAUGAUUUUGAUUCUCACAAAACACAAGCAUUUCAAAACUGCACACCAACUGCUCGAUAAAUUGUCUCAGAGAGAGCUUUUGUCAUCUCCUCUGGUUUUGAGAUCUUUAGUUGGUGGUGUUUCUGAAGACCCAGAAGUUUUAUCUCACGUUUUUAGCUGGUUGAUGAUAUUUUACGCGAAAUCCGGGAUGAUCAAUGAUUCGAUUGCGGUGUUUGAGCAGAUUAGGAGUUGUGGAUUGAAGCCUCAUUUGCAGGCUUGUACUGUGUUACUUAAUAGUUUGGUUAAAGAGAGAUUGACUGAUACAGUUUGGAAGAUUUUCAAGAAGAUGGUUAAGUUAGGUGUUGUUGCUAACAUUCAUGUGUAUAAUGUAUUGGUUCAUGCUUGUUCUAAGUCCGGUGAUUCUGAGAAAGCCGAGAAGUUGUUGAGCGAGAUGGAAGAAAAAGAUGAAGCUUUGAGGUUACGAGAGGUAAUGGAGGCAAGAGGGUUUUGUCCUGGAGUUGUGACUUACAACUCGAUUCUACGUAAGUUAUGUGAAGAUGGAAGAAUAAGAGAAGCUAACCGGCUUUUGACUGAGAUGAGUGGAAAAAAGAUAGAACCUGAUAAUAUCACCUGCAACACUUUGAUCAACGCAUAUUGCAAAAUCGAAGACAUGGUAUCUGCAGUGAAGGUAAAGAAGAAGAUGAUUGAAUCAGGGCUAAAGCUGGACAUGUAUUCAUACAAAGCAUUGAUUCACGGGUUUUGUAAAGUGCUGGAACUGGACAACGCAAAGGAGGAACUGUUCUCUAUGAUAGAGAAAGGCUUCUCUCCAGGAUAUUCGGCAUAUUCUUGGCUUGUGGAUGGAUUCUAUAACCAGAACAAGCAAGACGAAAUCACAAAACUCCCAGAGGAGUUUGAAAAAAGAGGUCUUUGCCCUGAUGUUGCUCUAUACAGAGGAUUAAUAAGAAGGAUUUGUAAGUUAGAACAGGUGGAUUACGCCAAAGGGUUGUUUGAAUCAAUGGAAAAGAAGGGUUUAAUGGGAGAUAGCGUUAUAUACACGAGCAUGGCGUAUGCAUAUUGGAGAACAGGGAAGGUAACUGAAGCUUCUGCUCUGUUCGAUGUAAUGUAUAAUCGACGGUUGAUGGUAAACUUGAAACUUUAUAAAUCUCUCAGUGCCUCUUACGCUGGUGAUAACGAUGUUUUGAAAUUCUUUUGGAGUCAUGUAGGUGAUAGAUGUCUUAUAUCGAAGAGUAUUUUACGAGAAAUGAACAAAAGCGAGGUCUUAUGAAGUGAGUGCUUGUAUAAGCUCAGUACUGAUCAUGAUCAAUGUUGACAUACUUGGUUAGACUGUUAUUUUUCUUUAAUCUCUUUAAAAUUUAAUCAUUUGUCAACAUUAUCAAACAACAUACAUUAUGAAAAUUUAAAUCCAGCUUAUGUUAACACUAAACUACUAAUCUACCUGGAUUUAAACUUCAAAUCCUAAAAAGAUGCAAUACUUGUAAUAAUAAAGCUGAAUUAAUCAA